AUUAGAACUUUGGAAUUUUCGGUAUAUCUAUAUAUAAACAAGUUGAUCCUAUGCAUAGUUCUCAGUAUAGAAGUCUUUUUACAUCCGGCUGUCGUAGAGCAGGUAGAACCACGCAAGACUAACAAAAUGGUUGCCCAAAAGAAACAAAAAAAGGCUUUGGAGUCGAUCAACUCUCGAUUGGCUUUGGUGAUGAAAUCGGGAAAAUACUGUUUGGGUUACAAGCAAACGUUGAAGACCCUCCGUCAAGGAAAAGCUAAGUUGGUAAUCAUCGCCAACAAUACCCCUCCAUUAAGGAAAUCUGAGAUUGAGUACUACGCUAUGUUGGCUAAGACAGGUGUGCAUCAUUACACUGGAAACAACAUUGAAUUAGGAACAGCCUGUGGUAAAUAUUUCCGAGUGUGCACAUUGUCAAUCACCGACCCAGGAGAUUCUGAUAUUAUCAGAACAUUGCCAGAAGCACAACAACAAUAAUUUAUAUUAUAAAUAAACAAAAAUAAUAUA